AUGUCGACUCGAAAGAUCCUCGUUACGGGCGCAACCGGUAAGCAAGGUGGUGCUGUCAUCAAAGCUCUCCUUGCCGAUCCUCCUCCGUUCGAAUACCAGAUCCUGGCCUUGACCCGCAAAUCUACCUCUGCACCCGCGAGAAGCCUUGCCUCGAACCCCAAAGUUACACUCAUUGAAGGAAGUCUGGAAGAACCCGGAAGUAUUUUCACAUUAGCUGGCGGAGUGGGAGCGAUUUGGGGAGUGUUUUGCGUUACCAUUCCAUCUUUCAAAAAAGAGGCGGAAGACGUUGAGAUGAAGCAAGGGAAAGACCUGGUCGAUGCUGCCAUUGCACACGAUGUUAAGCACUUUGUCUAUACUUCUGUCGACCGAGGUGGUCCCGAUCAGUCCGAAGUGGACGCCACAAACGUCCCGCAUUUUUUCAACGUCGAGAAACACCUCAAGACCAAGGCCAGAGGGACCGGUAUGACAUACACGAUUCUCCGGCCGGUGGCCUUCAUGGAAAACUUGACACCCAAUUUACCUGGAAGGGUGUUUACCGCGGUGUGGGCCACCAUGGGUGAUAAACCUUUACAAUUGGUGUCUACCAAGGAUAUUGGCAUUUUCGCUGCUUUGGCUUUCAAGUCCUCGGAGUCGGACGAGUACAAGAAUGCCGCCAUCAGCAUCGUAGGCGACGAGCUUACGCAAAAUCAAGCCAAUGAAGUUUUCUGGAGAGUCAUGGGCCGUCCCAUGCCGCGAUCGUACAAUUUCAUGGCCACACUUCUGAAAAAGAUGGUACCGGAAUUGGCACUUAUGUUCCAGUGGUUCGUCGAUCAAGGCUACCGUGGUGACUUGCAGCUUUGCCGCAGAUUGAACAAAGACAUGCUUGACUUCGCAGGUUGGCUGCGGGAGGAGAGUGGGUUCAAGCGUUGA